UUUUUUUCCCAACAUAAAAUGGACUUUUGGUCUCAAAAGAGAAACAAACAGAGGAAAGACUAAUUCGAAUUGAAACGAUCGCCACUCCGCGCCACACUUUGCACCCAAUCUGUCUGUUCCCAAUUGAUUGUUGAUUCAUCGGUUAGCCCUAAUUUGUGAAACGCCACUGGACAAAUUCGAAACCCUAGAAAUAGUCCAGCCAAUCGAGCAACCAAAAAAGGAUGGCAAUUGCUAGAACAGGGGUUUUUGUAGAUGACUAUUUGGAGCAUUCGAGCACACUGCCCGCGGAGCUUCAAAGGCUUCUAAACACCGUUCGAGAACUAGACGAACGCUCCCAAGCAAUGAUGAAUCAGACGAGGCAGCAAACAAAGUACUGCCUAGGUUUGGCAUCUCAGGGGGGCCCGUUUGGUCGAAAGCAUGACGAAGAAGACGAGCUUUUUGAGAAGCUUCGAAAGGAGAUUGAGGUAAACCAAGACAAUGCACUCAACCUCUGUACAGAGAAGGUUCUACUUGCCCGACAAGCUCAUGACCUUAUUGACAGUCACAUGAAACGACUUGACGAGGAUCUGAAUAACUUCAUGGAUGAUCUCAAACAAGAAGGAAAAAUACCACAAGACGAGUCACCUGUGCUACCGCCAUUACCUUUAGUUCCGAAAAUUGAAAAACGCAAACAAAUUUACGGAACACCUCAACCGAAGAGACUUGAUCUCAAAGACAGGGAUUGGGAUAGAGAUUUUGCGCUUAUGCCUCCACCUGGAAACCUUAAGAAAGAGUUUGCAUCACCCGAUCAACCCAUUGAUCCAAACGAACCUAUUUACUGCGUCUGCCAUCAGGUAUCGUUUGGUGAUAUGAUUGCCUGCGACAAUGAAAAUUGCCAAGGAGGAGAAUGGUUCCAUUAUGCAUGUGUGGGCCUCUCUCAGGAAACGGGAUUAAAAGGAAGGUGGUUUUGUCCAACCUGCAAGCCAGCCAAUUAACACACUGAUUACUUCGUGUUUAUCAAUCAAUAUACGAGUCUUGUAUGUAUAAUACAUUGAUGCUGCAGAGGCAAGAUGAACGAGUGAGUGCCGUUUAUUUUUCCAUCAGUCUAUCGAAAGCUCUAGCUGUAAAUGUCGGCAUGAAAAAAUAUAUAUUAAGACUAUUUUGAAGGUAGGAUUUAUCCUUCAAGAUAAAUCAGGAGAAAACGUCGUGGUUGUUUUUUUAAUCGAAAGUCUGUCUAAAUGUGUGUAGAUUGCGAUCGUA